UCUCUUCCUGAAUUGUUUAAAAACGUCAUCAUUUACCCGGGCUCGUUGUACAGCCCCAUUUUUUUGUUUUUUGGCGGGAUUGAACUUAAAGGAAGGAGCUCCGACGUCUAAUCGGCACAAUGCAGUUUUCUCGCCGAAGAAAGAACCAUGUUGCAAACCCUCAGAUGGAGCUCUAUGGACACGCUCUGCAGUUCUAUGGGAAACCUCCUCUUGAAAACAUCUCUCUCACUGAAUUUGAGACAUUUGCUGUGGACAGACUGAAAUUGUUGAAGAUUGUUGAGAGUUUGGGAGUGAGCCACGUGAAACUGUCAGAACCGUACAAACACAAACUGGAGUACGAGUCUAAAGUCCUGAACCUUUCUCACAGACUUAGCACUGUGAGAGCAGAUGAAUACGAGAAACGAAGAAAGGACCAUAUCUCCCACUUUAUUCUCAGACUCGCCUACUGCCAAACGGAAGAUCUGAGGCGCUGGUUUAUACAACAGGAAGUUGAUCUAUUCCGUUACCGCUUCAAUGACCUGUAUCCAGAAGAAAAGCUUGAAUUUCUGCACAUAAAUAAUCUGCAGUAUGACAGGAUUAGUGCCGAGGAGAAGGAGAACCUAAAGUCUGAACUUGUCAAUUCCAGUGCUGUGAUCAGUGGAGUCGUCGUGGAGGAUCAGGACUUCUACAAAGUUCCAUUUCAAGAUGCCCUGGAUCUGGUACGAACAAGGAAAGUGUACCUCAAAGCAGGCUAUGUGUACAUCCCUCACCAAGACAUUGUCGCCAUUGUUCUCAAUGAUUUUCGCACAAGACUGUCUAAAGCUCUUGCAUUGACAGCCCGCUCACUGCCAGCAGUGCAUUCUGAUGAACGGCUCCAGCCGCUCCUUAACCACCUCAGUCAUGCCUAUGUGGGACAAGAUUACAGCAACCAGAAGAACGUUGGGAAAAUCUCCUUGGAACAUAUCGAUUCGCUGUCUGGAAAGUCCUUCCCACUGUGUAUGAGGCAGCUCCACCAGGCUCUUAGAGAGAACCACCAUCUCCGCCAUGGGGGCCGUAUGCAGUACGGCCUCUUUCUCAAAGGCAUCGGCCUCUCUCUGGAGCAGGCACUGCAGUUCUGGAGGUCAGAGUUCAUAAGAGGCAAAGUGGAUGCUGAUAAGUUUGACAAAGCAUAUGCCUACGGCAUCCGACACAUGUUUGGCAAAGAAGGCAAACGAGCAGACUACACCCCCUACAGUUGUAUGAAGGUGAUUUUGUCAAACCCACCCAGCCAAGGUGACCAUCAUGGGUGUCCAUUCCGUCACAGCGACCCAGAGCUGCUGAAGCAAAAGCUUCAGUUCUACAAAGUAUCUCCCAGUGGAGUCAGUCAGAUCAUGGAGCUGGUUAAAGGAAUGCACUAUCAGCUGGCGUGCCAGAAGUACUUUGAGCUGACACACAAUAUUGAUGACACCAGUUUCUCACUCAACCACCCCAACCAGUACUUUGUUGAGAGCCAGAAAGUUUUGAGCGGGGGCAAGGACAUAAAGAGAGAGAAGGAUCCACAGAGUUCACAGGAAACCGCUGCUGCCAGAAGAUCCACUCCAGCUCAGACAACAGAACCAGGCACCUCCCAGGAACUGACUGAGACCACAGCGGACCUGACCCCUUUCUUUAACGAUGCCUGAUUUAUUUUUUGUUUUUCUUCCUAUGUCUUAUACAGUUGAGAAUAAAUGUUUGUAUUUUCUGUGUCAC